AUUUCACUCUGUUCUGAAAAGAAUAAUAGAUUGAUCCAGAAAAACUAAGAGCAUCACGAUGAUGUCAAGGUAGAUAGGUGAUAAUAUAGUAUAUAAUAAAAUACUGGUUUUAAUUUGUGCCAUCUAACAAAGCUGUAGCCAAGAAUUACAAUUGCAUAUAUUGGAUUUGAAUUAACCUCAUUAAGUGACCUAAAACACCAUUGUCACUUGAUACAUAAUAACCUUAUAUUAUAAUUCUGGACACAGUAGUCAAUAGUCUGCUAUAGCAGAGAACCGGAAAGGAGUGGCCCUGAACUGCUGUGAGAUUCAGAUAGUGGAGUGGUACUCAAUAGUAGCCAUUGUGGCCGCAAUAGUGGAUAAAAUAGUGGCUUUACGUGUGCUAUAGAGGUCCUAUCACGAUAUAAAUUUUAAAAACCAUUUUUAACCCUGGAAUACUGUUGCUCAGGGUUUUCUUGGGUAUAUAUUCCACAUGUUACCUCUGUUCUGUCCUUUGUUCCUUCACACUUUGAAACUUUUUUUUUUUCUUCGUGAGUUAUGUUCUUCUUCCUUUAGACUUCCUAGAUUGCAUUCUGCUAAUUUCUAUCUAAUUUGUGUUCUUUUUCUAUUAAUUUCACAAAUAUUUUUUUUUUAUAAUUUUUUUGACUUCAUUACUGUGUUCUUAUUGCUCCUAGAUUGAUGGUGAUUGUGUGUGUAAACUGACUUAUUAUUUAUCAUAAAUUUCUUUAAUUUAGGGUGUUUUGUUUUGUUUUGAUUAUUUGUAUGUGCAGUAUAUAGUGUUUAUAUUUUGUAUUAUAACAUUUAAAAAUUAAAAUAGAGGUCAUUCUGGUAUUUCCAGAGUUGGCUGCUAUGCAUCGCUAUCCAGGAUUGCUAAUAUCAUGAUUCUAGAUUCACAUAACUGAAAUUGCACUUACGAAUAUACACACAUAAAUAUAUAAAUAUAUGCAUAACAGAUAAUGUUGUAUCCUUGUGUCUAUUGCUUUCUGCUGCAUUCAAGGUAAUUAAUCAUAGGCAUCUGGAUGUCAGACAAAAAUUUGAACAUGUUUAUGUUGUCUUGUCUCUUUUGUGCUUUCUUUCAUGUAAACUGGAACAGAAAUUGUCAAAUGUAUUGCAUGCAAGGAUACAAUUUCAUUAUCUCCCGUCCAUUAGUCAAAGUAUGAUUAUGCAUUAAGGCCUCAGUAUUGCAGGGAAUAUAUUAAAGUCUUCUUUUUAUUAAAGUAAAAAAUGUGGAACUUUGUUUCUUGAAUUUUGAAGUUAUGCUUCCUCUAUAGAGUUUGUAGUUAAAAAGUCAUUAUGUAGUAUGUACUCAAGAGCAUAACUCAACGGCUCAGCUCCUCAAGUAUUUUUGAAGAUUGCUUGAGCCUAAGAUUGAAUCCCUGGCCCCUAGGUCGCUAGUUAAUGGUUGAGUCCAUCCAAGUUAUCAUCAUCUAUCAUCAUCUCAAGUUACAAGAGCAUCAAUUUCCAAACAUAGAAAUGGCUGCUUGGGUUUGGUUAGAGGAGAGAACUGAUAUCAGCAAUUGAUCAAAGGUCUUUUUGUUUUUGUGGCUCUGAGAGGGGAGUGAUUCUAAACUAAUAUAUAUGGGGGCUGGGGAAGAGAGCACAGCUAAAUCUUCUAAAUCAUCUUCAUCAGCUCAGCAGGAUACACCAACAGCACCUGCAUAUCCUGAUUGGUCAAGCUCCAUGCAGGCCUAUUAUGCUCCUGGAGCCACUCCUCCUCCCUUUUUUGCCACAACCGUUGCUUCCCCAACUCCCCAUCCCUAUUUAUGGGGAGGCCAGCAUCCUUUGAUGCCGCCAUAUGGGACUCCAGUCCCAUAUCCAGCUAUAUAUCCUCCUGGGAGUAUCUAUGCUCAUCCUAGCAUGGCAGUGACUCCAAGUGCUGUCCAGCAAAAUACAGAGAUUGAAGGGAAGGGAGCUGAAGGAAAAUAUCGGGACUCAUCCAAAAAAUUGAAAGGACCUUCUGCAAAUACAGCUUCCAAAGCAGGAGAAAGUGGAAAGGCAGGCUCAGGUUCAGGCAAUGAUGGCAUAUCGCAAAGUGGUGAAAGUGGUUCAGAGGGUUCAUCAAAUGCUAGCGAUGAGAAUACUAACCAACAGGAAUCAGCUGCAAAUAAGAAGGGAAGCUUUGACCUGAUGCUUGUUGAUGGAGCCAAUGCACAGAACAAUUCUGCUGGUGCUAUUUCUCAAUCUUCUGUGCCUGGAAAGCCUGUUGUCCCAAUGCCAGCAACUAAUCUUAACAUUGGAAUGGACUUGUGGAAUGCAUCUUCUGGUGGCGCUGAAGCUGCAAAAAUGAGACAUAAUCAAUCUGGUGCCCCGGGAGUUGCCCUUGGUGAUCAAUGGGUACAAGAUGAACGUGAGCUGAAAAGACAGAAGAGGAAACAGUCAAACCGAGAGUCAGCCAGGAGGUCAAGAUUACGCAAGCAGGCUGAGUGUGAAGAGUUACAAAAGAGGGUGGAAUCGCUGGGAGGUGAGAAUCAAACUCUCAGAGAAGAGCUUCAGAGACUUUCUGAAGAAUGCGAGAAGCUUACAUCCGAAAAUAAUUCUAUCAAGGAAGAGUUGGAGCGGUUGUGUGGUCCAGAAGCAGUUGCUAACCUGGAUUAAACAGCAACACAUUUCAGUUCCUCAGUGUAGUGUUUGAUGGUAACGGCAAAAUUUGAUAGAUUCUUAAUUAAGACGAAUCUGCAGCUGGAAUUUUCUUAUCAAUGGCCCGGCCUUCUUAAUUGAGAAUAGGAUAUAAUGUUUUUUUUUUUCUUUGUCAUACUAAUUUAUAUCAUUAACCCUCAAUUGUAAUUGCCCUUGUGAUUUUACAUGUCAUUUGUUUGUAAUAUUAACCAGUACCGUAGAAUAGAAAAUGUAGGCUACUUGAGCACUUUUUGUUUAGAACUUAGUAUUGCAAGUGAUGUUAAGAAUCCUGCUUCAACUUUUCAAAUCUUCACUAGUUGACUAUGGAGUCAUUUUUGUUCUACUA